AUGGCAAAAGACACCAGUAGAUUGAUCGUGGAUGACACAACAUCUGUGGCAGUCCAAUUAUCAGCCUUCCGUCAGAGGUGUGAAAAUGGAGCCAAGCCAGAGGUAUUGGAGCGCUUAAAUAGUUUAGAGGAACGGUUGGAUCGUUUGUCGGGUGUCGAAGACAAAUCGCCUGCGGUGCAGACAGACAACCUUAUAAUGGUCACCUGUCAUCCAGUUAAUCCGAACACAAUAUCGGACCUGGAGUUUGGUGCCACAGAACAGCUCGAAACGGAAGUAUUCUACUUAAAUACGGAGUCGUUCAAAAAACAGGGAAGACGGAAGCUGGUUGAAUCCGAUAUCCAAGGAUGCAUUCAGCUAUGUACACGUGAUAUCGAGGAAACUAUCGUUAGAGUAGCAGAUGGAAAAGUUAGAAUCGUUGCACCGCUUGACACCAAUAGAAAGUACUUGUCUCACCGUCUACAUCUAAAAGAUGAUGAUGGAUGGAAAACAAUUAGUGGCGUUCUGAAGCAAGGAACAUUUGAAGCGACCAUCCCUAUUCCGGUGAAAGCGCUGGUAUGCGUUACAUCUAUGGGGACAGUAUACGAUGUUACAGUUGGUCCAAAUGGAAUGGAACAUCGUUUUGCCUCAAAUAGAGAUGUUUUGAUCCGUUUCCCUAAAGGAUCCGUCCAGUCACGUCAAGUGGUACAUGUGUCGCUGGAAUCAGCUGACCGUUCCGCAAUACAGCAGCUGAAACAAAACCAGCCCGAAUUGUCCAUUGUAGGAUACACUGACAUCGUUCACAUUAAGCACUCCGAGCCAUUCAUGAAAGAUAUAUGUGUUGAACUACCGAUGGAAAUGAUUACGAGUGAUGAUAUCGCCGCCUGUGAACUUAUUUCGGUUCAUUUUCACGAUGACGAUAUCGUCAUUGACCAAAAGGGAAACAAGUUGAAAAAAGUCGGGAAAAACAAAAUCAAACUCGAAACAUCUGUGUUCUCUGGGAAAAGUGUAGUCGCCAAAAAAAGAAGACACAAACAGAAAAAGAAGAAGACGGAUUCUGAAAAUGUCCAUGCUAUAUACGGCUAUAACACUCCCUGCAGCAUUCUGGUGUUUCUUGGAGUGGGACCGACGGAAAAUUCUUGGCUGAUAUGGGGAGAAAUUGCACCGGAGCGCGAUGUUGAAGAUGUUGUUUUGAAGCGGACGAACAGCAACAAUUUAAGAGAACCUCCUAACUGUAGAUCUGGGGGGAAAUCGUUUAAAAAGAAAACAAGGAUACGAGUACAUCUUGGGUCAGAUGGAUGUUUCAAAAUGUGUAACGGUGUUGCAGAAACACAUACGAUCGUUUAUCUUCCAACAGCAAAACACAACUACAUCAGCUUUCCUGUAACUAAAACUGGAACUGGAGAAAUGGCAAUCCUGCAUUUCAAAUCUGAAACAAAGAAAACACCUUGUCAAUUGUAUACAGCAUAUUUCCGUCCAGUCGGAAUAUUGCCGCUUUCGUCCGAAUCUUCAGAUGCAGAUCAACCGACAAGUUUCUUCGACAGUCGGAGCAUGCUGACCUUAGUGCAAAACCUUGAUAUCGGCGAUUUGUUUGCUUUGGCCACAGAACUUGGCAUUUCUUUGGUAAAGUACCAAGACCUUCGCUUUAUGCAUGGUCAUCACCCUGUAGAAUUCAAAAUGUCUAUUAUAAAUAAAUGGCUGAAAUCCAGUACAGGUGAACCAGAAAAAGCUCUAUCACAAUUGACAACUGCCCUUACGAACUGCGAUAACAACAGUGUUGCUGAAAUAUGUAAAUCUGUGUUCCGCGAAGGCAGAGGAUUCAGGAAAAAUGAUUUCAAAUGAAGGAUGUUUGACAGAUUGUGGCUUGUGCUUUAACGUUACUGUUGACUCAUAAAUGCGUAAGUGUACUAUGUUAUAUUUUUCUUAGUACCUGUUUUUUCACAAUAUUCAGCUAUAUAUAUAGAAUAUCGCGUAACCUAUACUACUCAUCCAUCAGAUACAUUAUAAUUUUCCCCCUAAUAUCAUGUUCUACCUUUCAUACGGGCUAUCACCGUUAAGGUACACAUGUAUUAUCAGCAAAGCUAUCUUGUAGUGCACGAUGGGAUGGACUACGUGUAAGUACGUUAGUACUUGUUCCCCGAUCAUCAAAAUCAAAUGUUAUUUGUAAUUGUACAUGUCAAUUGACAUGAAUAAAAUAUGGUUUAGCUAGCAUAACUGAUAUGCUGACUUGAUGCAUCAGUUUUGAACAUGUCAUAGUAGCAAUAUUCAUUAGAUGUUAUGCCGAUGAUGACGUCAUGAACAUUUUUUAUAAAGACCUGAUGCACGAUGAUUUUCAUCUAGUUCAUUUCCAACAUAUGCACCUUCUAUUGUUUACGGAAGCCGGUACGGGCCAUCGAGAAAACAAAUGUUAUGUACGACUUAGCUAUUUCGUAGUAACGACUUACUAUCUCUAGUAACGACUUGUACGCCAAGGUGAUGCCAAUGGUCCCUGUCUAUGUCCAAUAUUGCAAAACACAUGUAUGUAUUCGUAUAUCGUUGCAUUGCAAUCCUUUUGUGAUGCAUCUUUGCGACCAUGGAGGCACUUUCGGGGACUUCUGUAAUUGUUCCCAUUACAAUUAGUACUUGUUAAAUCUCACAAACCCAGUUUGGGGACUUGCUGUUUUACUUCUUUAUUUUCGAGAUAGCUAAGUCGUUAUUACGACAUAAUAUAUUUUUUCACUUUGGCCUGUACCGGCUUUCGUAGUUGUUGGUUUUCAUCAUCUUGUUUGAAUAACACAUGAACACUACAGUAGUAAUGCGUACAUAGAUUGUCAGUGUUAACUUAGCCUUCCGCGUGUGCUCGUACCUGCUGAUGUUCCUUGUAACAUAACUCUUGUCUAGUUAGUAAGAUAGUAACCUUUUGCUAUUCAUAAUCUAUUCUGCUGAGUAUGUAUCUAUUUAUAACCUUCGUAAAUGUUUCAACUGUAAUGUUCUUCAACAUGGAUUCUUGUUGAUCACUUGUUACCGUAUUAUGUAAAAGUUAUUGUGAUUGGCUCGUUCAUUCAUAUGCCAAGUCCUUUCAUUGGCCGUGCGAUUCAGCACGCGCUGGGGCUGCGUUGAGUUAAAUUGAUUGAUCUCCGCGGAGCCGGCUGUGUAUUUUGACAGCAACGUAGAAUAACAGUUAUUAUGUGUUUCGUCAUUUAAUUUGAUUUGAUUAAGUUUAUUUGGUACCUGGAACGUAGAUUUGUUUUAAUUUAAUAUAGUGAUAUUCAUAAAUUUUACAAAAAAUAGGCCCGUUUAGACGGGUUGUUUUUAUAUAACAUUAUUGUUUUAUAAGUGUCCCAAGAAGGGCCCGAACCCCUAGUUCGGGAGAAGCCCCGACUUCUCGAGGAUUUCCCGAAUAUUUGAGUUACUUCCCCUGUACUAUAUCAGGCGACUAAUAUAGAGGCUAUGUGAUUUGUAGACCUUUUUAUCUAUGUAUUCUAUGUUAAUCUUAGGUGACCGGCUAUACAUACGUUUGUGAUAAUAAAC